GGGCGGGCAGACUCAGCCGCGCCAGCUGUCCAGCUGUCAGCAGCAACCAACAAAGCGACAAUUGCGACGUGUCGACGCCGUUGCAUACAAACCACACCUUCUGUCUGCUCCACAUAGGAGCCUCGCCGCCGCCUCCGCUGCCUCCGCCAGCCGCCCGUGCUCACAUCACGGCGAUACCCAGUCCCGCAGAGGCCGAAAACCCAACUCUACGUCGUAUCUCGCGCACUCGUCAUAGCCUCUGCCUACGCGCACAUGUGCAGCUAACCACGCCCUCUCCACCCCAUAUUUCCGCAUUUCCACGCCCGCAAUCAUGAACGGCUGGCUUGUCUUCGCCAUCGUUCUCAUCCUCUUGGUCUCCGGCACCUACUUUGGCUGGUAUUUUUACGCGCGCUGGAAUGCCUCGCGCAAUGGCCUUCCCCCGCCCUCAAUGAACCCCAUGGUGGCCUUCAGCAGCUCAAACGCCGAAGCCUCAAACUACCCGGGCCCCGCUCCCACCGGCAUCAAGGGCUGGAUCGACGCCCAAGUCCGCAAGUUCAAGAACCGCAACAACCGCUACACUACCGGUAGCGGCUACGAAGACACGGGCUACGGCUCCCGCGGCGUUGGCGGCGGCCGCGGCGCAGGCAGCCGCCUCGAUCCCGACGAAGCGUGGAGUUCGCGCGUGGGCGACGAGGCAUACUAUGAAGAACAGGAAUUGGGCCUCCACGACCCCCCGCACGCCGCUAAUCAGUCUGCCAAUCCGUUUGCUGGCGAGCCCGCCCGUGGCCGCAGUCGAACUCGCGAAUCGUACGACGAGCAUCUCGAUGCUCACAAUGCCCCCAAUCCCUUUGGCGACGACGCUGCGGCCAGUCUGCGUGGCGUCAGCCCCAGACCCGUCAUGGACGCUGAUACGGGGUACCGUGGUGCUGCGACAGCGGUGGGCAAGUCCAGUGCGGAUCCACGUAAGAAGAAUGGGAGUCCCGAUAGUCAUCAUGAUAAGAGUCCCACGGAGAGUCGGAGGAGUGUCUUCAGGGAAGCAAUAUAAAUUUUUGUGUGAAAAUGGAUACAAGAGGAGUUUGGUAAACGGAGGGGAGCAUCCUCUUUUUUUUUGAGACAAAUAUAUCUUUUUUUCUGAUCUCUUUGUUGAGAUAUCAGGGGGUUUUUUCAGCUGUGAAAAACGGCAUAUCUAGACACGCCUGUGGUGAUGAAAGUAUAUAUAUGCAUAUACACAUGCUCAACCCAAUUUUUGCGGGGAAACAAUGUUUACACUUGCCACAUGUGCUGACCCUGUCUUUUUUUGGGGGCAUUACUGGUCUAGAAUAUAACAUGUGUGGGG